AUGGCGCCAGUGCAAUUCGAGCUCUCGGAGCCUCCCACCGAUGCAGUAUCUUCCUUACAAUUCUCGCCGUUCACCCCUACUAAAUUACUCGUUUCCUCUUGGGAUAAGAAAGUUUAUCUAUAUAACACAGAGAAUGUUUCCGAAGGGGGGAAGCUCGUUGGAACUUAUGAGCAUCGGGCGCCGGUACUGGAUGUUUGUUUUGGGGGUGAUGAGACUGAGGCAUUUACGGCUGGAAUGGAUCGGCAGGUGAAACGGAUCGAUUUAGAGAGCGGAAAACAAACGGUACUGAGUACGCAUGAGGCGCCGGUCAAGUCGGUGGUCUAUAGUAAAGAACACUCUUUCCUUAUCUCUGCUUCCUGGGACCAGACCCUCCACAUCCACAAUCUUUCCGACCCCUCGCAACCCCCAACGACAAUCCCCCUCCCCUCUAAACCGCAUUCCCUAUCACUCACCCCCACCAAACUCGUAGUCGCCAUGGCCUCCCGACUCCUUUACAUCUAUUCCCUCCCCCUCUCCACCGACCCCUCCCAAACGCCCUGGCAACAACGCGAAUCCUCUCUCAAAUUCAUGACCCGUGCCGUAGCCUGCAUGCCCAACGAUGAUGGUUACGCCUCCUCAUCCAUCGAAGGCCGUGUGGCUGUCGAAUGGUUCGAUCCCUCGCCCGAAUCCCAAGCUCGCAAAUACGCUUUCAAAUGUCAUCGCCAGCCCGACGCUGCAGGUGAUGGAACAGACAUCGUAUAUCCAGUUAAUGCUCUCGCAUUUCACCCCAAUCACGGCACAUUUGCUUCCGGAGGCGGUGAUGGAGUCGUUGCAUUAUGGGACGCCGUUGCGAAAAGGAGAAUUAGACAAUAUCAGAAAUAUCCAACAAGUGUGGCCGCCUUGUCGUUUUCGAGUGACGGAAGGUUUUUGGCCGUAGGCGUGUGUCCAGGAUUCGAGAAUGGACAAGAGGAUUAUUGUGGAGAGGGAUUGACAAAGAUAUACAUAAGGGAAUUGAGCGAGAACGAGGCGAAGGGGAAAGGUGCAAAAUAA